AUGGCGUCUAACUCUACCACUAAAUUUUUUGCCCUUUCUCAGUCUUUCAGCGUGUCUGAUAUCAUCGUUAUAGGAGCAUAUUUUUUGUUGAACGUUGCAGUUGGAAUAUGGUCAUCUUGCAGAGUGAGCCGAAACACCCUAAGUGGAUAUUUCCUGGCUGGCAGGGACAUGGCUUGGUGGCCGAUUGGGGCCUCUCUGUUUGCCAGCAGUGAGGGCUCAGGAUUGUUCAUUGGAUUGGCUGGGACAGGAGCAGCCGGGGGGAUUGCUGUUGCUGGCUUUGAAUGGAAUGCAACUUAUGUCCUGUUAGCUCUUGCCUGGAUCUUUGUCCCAGUUUACGUGUCCUCUGGGAUUGUCACAAUGCCAGAGUAUCUGGGUCGGCGGUUUGGAGGAGAGAGAAUUCGCAUGUACUUGUCAGCGCUUAGUCUGAUGCUGUCUGUGUUUACCAAGAUCUCAACGGAUCUAUACUCUGGAGCUCUGUUUGUCCAGGUUUGUUUGGGCUGGAAUCUCUACCUCUCCACUGUUCUCAUGCUAGUAGUCACUGCCCUCUACACUAUUGCAGGUGGCUUAGCUGCAGUAAUCUACACCGAUACUCUGCAGACCUUCGUCAUGAUCAUUGGAGCAGUCAUCCUUACCAUUACAGCAUUUAAUAAGAUUGGAGGCUACAGUAACCUGGAGAGCGUGUAUUUGAAAGCUGUGCCAUCUAAGAUUAUCCCAAACACGACAUGUCAUCUGCCAAGGGCUGAUGCCAUGCACCUAUUCAGAGACCCCGUGCAUGGAGACUUACCCUGGCCCGGCAUGACACUGGGAUUAACCAUUCUUGCAACCUGGUACUGGUGCACUGAUCAGGUAAUCGUGCAGAGGUCUUUGUCAGCCAAGAAUCUGAGUCACGCCAAAGGCGCAUCCAUCUUUGCCAGCUAUCUCAAGAUGCUUCCCAUGAUCUUCAUCAUCCUACCUGGCAUGAUCAGCAGGGCUCUCUACCCAGACACAGUGGCCUGUGUUGACCCUGAGGAGUGUGUGAAAGUAUGUGGUGCGGAGGUGGGCUGCUCCAACAUCGCUUUCCCAAAACUGGUCAUUGAGCUCAUGCCGAAUGGCCUCCGAGGGUUAAUGAUAGCCGUAAUGAUGGCUGCUUUGAUGUCCUCACUGACCUCCAUCUUCAACAGCAGUAGCACACUCUUCACCAUGGAUAUCUGGAAGAAGUAUCGCAGAGGUGCUACUGAGAAGGAGCUGCUGCUGGUUGGCAGGAUAGUGACCGUUAUACUGGUGGUGAUUAGUGUGGUUUGGAUCCCGAUUCUUCAGAGCGCCAACAGCGGUCAGCUCUACGUUUACAUCCAGUCGGUGACCAGUUAUCUGGCCCCUCCUGUCACUGCCAUAUUUGUAAUGGCCAUUUUCUGGAAAAGAACAAAUGAGGCGGGAGCAUUCUGGGGUUUAAUGGUGGGUCUAGUGGUGGGGUUGACUCGGAUGGUCCUAGAGUUUGUGUACCCUCCUCCACGCUGUGGUGUGUUUGACCCUGCACCCUCCGUCCUAAGAAGAGUACACUACCUGCACUUUGCCAUCAUCCUCUGCGCCCUCACUGCUUUUGUUGUUGCAGUGAUAAGUCUACUAACUCCACCACCCACUGAAGAACAGACACAUAAUCUUACCUGGUGGACACUCGACAACAGCACUGAGAGAGAAAUACCUUUACAGAAAGUAACCACUCUCAAUCGGAGGACAGAAGGCAGUGAGUCUUUGCGUAGAGGAAGGUGUGUCCGCACCGCUGGGUUCUGUAGUCCUCGACCAGGCCGUUCCGCACCUGGGACACCACCACUAUUGAUUGACAGAGCCAGAGAGGAUCCCUUCUGGUCUCGCUUCUGCUGUGUUAAUGCCAUCAUUCUCAUGUGUGUUAACAUCUUUCUUUAUGCUUACUAUGCAUAACAAACCGGCAAACAUACCCACACAAACAGUCACGCACACUGUUUUUUUU